ACAUCAAGCAAUCACAGAAAGCCCGUUCCCUGCAAUUGCUGCGCCCUGGCCCAGAAAUCACUUCAAAAGGCAAGAUCGAGAAGCAUUUCCGUACCGGACUUGUCAAAUCCUGAUGCUUCCGUGCCCGUUAGAACGGUAGGUUAGCUAUUCCGACGGACUUUGAAACGACAAUGCCAACGAACGUCUAUACGCAACGUCAAAACCAUUCGGCCAUGGCGAAGUCGAACACAAGCUUGCCCAGAGUAUCUGAUUCUCCACUGCCAUCUCCAACCCUCUCUCAGGCGUCCACCCAUGUUGACCCCCGUUCAAUAACCGAUCCUGACGAUGAACGCAAUCCUGCCAACAACGUCAACUUCCCAGUGGAUGGAUGGCCUACCCUAGCCAGAAUAAUCGCCACAAAACCCGAUCUUGAGGCUUUUGCAUCUUUUACCGAUCUUGGUAUAAAGUCCUUGCUUUAUUAUCAAGCAGAACUCAUUUACUUACGGAAAAAAUUGCACGAGGAGGAGUGGAAAGACUUUCGGACAGACGACAUCGAGAAGAGCUCCAAGUAUGCAGACAAUCUAGAGGCCCUGAUUUUGGGUCGAGAAGCUAGUAUUGAAAGCAAAGAAAAAGAUAAUGAAAACUCACUCCCUCUUCCGCGGCAAUGGGUCCUCAUUGAAAGGAUCCGAGCGACCCUUAAGGAGUACAAUUCUGCACUGUUGGAAUACUCACAAGUUGCGGAACUCAGGGACACCGAAAACUGCAAUGUCAACCUUCUGAUGAGCAACUGUGUUGCAAAGGUUGGUAGAGGGUCCACGGCCCUCACGGGGAUCGGUGCCUUUGCCUGGGGCGAUUACAACCAAUUAGACGAAGAGAAGAAACCACUACGGGAUCUGUUCCGGGGUCUCUUCACAAGCUCCUCCCAAGAUGACAAGCCCAGAGGGGAAGCUAAUGAGUUCCAAGAAAAACUUAUCGUGCCUCGUCAGGGAAAGCCGUCAGAUGGUUUGACGCAGUGGGUGAAGCGCUGCUUCAUCCCGUUCUACGACCAACUGCACGAGGACAACCCUUUUCGCAACCAGAAAAGAUAUCUCCUUCCAUUUUGGGAUAUUGGUAUCCUGUUCGGGCUUACCUUUUUCUCGCUCUUCCGUCUUCUCCUUUGGCUCUGCAGGAAGGCGGUGUUUUCCGGCAAGCCCUCGAACAAAACAGACGCGGCGACUUUGGAGAAGGGAGCCGCCUCGGAUGCAUCGAGUAGUGGCACACUGGGUCACACAUCGUCCAACGAUUCUGAGGCAAGCAAUGAGACUGACAUUAGCGCUUCUUCGGUAAAAAGCAUAACCGGCAGCUUCAAGGAGUACUCCGGUUUUUGGAUCUUACGAGUCACAUCUAUAAUCACGACAGUGGUAGCCUGUCUUCUUCCCACCAUCGCCAUCACCAUCCUUGCCAAAGUCCAUGGCAUGGGUGUGAUUCUCGGCCUCAUUGCUCUUUUCACGGCUAUCUUUGCCUUUGGACUGGUGCUCCUGUCGUCCACUAGCUCUAGGGUUGAGAUCUUUACUGCUACUGCUGCGUUUUCAGCUGUUAUGGUGGUUUUUGUGCAGAAUCAGAUUGGGCCGCAGUAGUAGAUGGGCCAAGGGGGUUGUGUGAUUGCUACCUAGGAAGCUGGAGCUGGGUGGUUUGCUUGUUUUUGGGAAAGGUAUGGCGAAUUGGGUGAUUAAGGAGAUCCAUGUUUUAUUAUGAUUUAUGAUUUACGACUCAUGACAGGUUGAAACUCUUUAUAGUGAUAGUUCAUCCAGGUUUGUUUAGCCAUAUAGCUAAGCACGCGUACUAGCCUAAAAAGACCCUGC